GGAGUGGUGGUGGGGCAGGUGCGUGGUGUGAGAGUAGGCCUGCGGCAGCGGGUUGUUGCUUCUCUCGGGCGAUGGAUGAGGGGAGCAGGAUGUGGAUGGUGACUUGCACGGCCCCUGUCAACAUCGCUGUCAUCAAAUACUGGGGAAAACGAGAUGAAGAGCUGAUUUUGCCAAUUAAUUCCUCUCUAAGCGUUACGCUACAUCAAGAUCAGUUAAAGAGUACAACUACAGUAGCUGCAAGUCGGGAUUUUAAGGAAGACAGAAUAUGGCUAAAUGGAAAAGAGGAAAACAUCAACCACCCAAGACUGCAGACGUGCUUACGCGAAAUCCGCCGUCUAGCAAGAAAAAGAAGAACCAGCGGUGAUGGAAAUUCUAACACAUUAUCGCUCCACCAUAAAGUUCACAUCUGCUCUGUAAAUAACUUCCCUACAGCAGCAGGCCUGGCAUCCUCUGCAGCUGGUUAUGCUUGUCUGGUCUAUGCACUUGCCAAGCUGCAUGGUUUGGAAGGAGAGCUGUCUGAGAUUGCUCGCCAAGGGUCAGGAAGUGCCUGCAGAAGCAUGUAUGGAGGCUUUGUGCAAUGGAUGAUGGGAGUAAAAGAAGAUGGAAGCGAUAGUAUUGCCCAGCAAAUUGAGCCGGAAACUCAUUGGUCAGAGCUUCGAGUCCUUAUAUUAGUGGUCAGUGCGGAGCAGAAGCCAAUUGGUAGCACUGCUGGGAUGCAAACCAGUGUCAAGACCAGUCCAUUGCUGAAAUAUCGGACUGAAAUUGUUCCAGAACGAAUGAAAGAAAUGAUUGAUGCAAUCAAACGGCAAGAUUUUGAAACCUUUGGACAGCUAACAAUGAAGGACAGUAAUCAGUUUCAUGCAACAUGUCUUGACACCUUCCCUCCAAUCAUCUAUCUUAAUGAUAUUUCCAAACGCAUCAUUAACCUGGUACACAGAUACAACACCCAUUUUGGGGAGACACGGGUAGCAUACACAUUUGAUGCAGGUCCUAAUGCAGUCAUUUACGUACGGGAGCAGCAUGUGGAUGAGUUUGUGGAAGUUGUGAAACAUUACUUCCCUCCUGAAGAAAAUGGUGAACAAUUCCUGAAAGGUUUGCCUGUAAAUUCAGUAUCUGUAUCAGAGCAUCUGAAGUCCAGCAUCCAGAUGGAUUCAAUUAAGUCUGGAAUUCAAUAUAUCAUUAACACUCAGGUAGGGCCGGGGCCACAGUUGAUACAAGAUGCCAACCUUCACCUACUUGGAGAGGAUGGAUUUCCCAAGCAAUAGAGUCUAAAAGAAACCUUUCUGCAGUUAAAGGGAGAGCUAGGCACAACAUUCGACACUCUCCAGUCCCCUGGUACCACCCCCAUUGACAGUGAAGACGAAAAGAUCAUUGCCAACGGCUCUGCAAUUUCCUCUCUUGCUUCCCACAUAAUCCUAAGAUAUAUCCCGUCAGGCCUGGGGGACUUGUCUAUCCUCAAGUUUUGCAAAAUGCCCAACACAUCUUCCUUCCUAACAAGUAUCUCCUCUAGCUAACCAGUCCGUUUCAUACUCUGCUCUUCAACAAUACGGUCCCUCAUUUGUAAAUACUGAAGAAAAGUACUCAUUCAAGACCUCUCCUAUCUCUUCCGACUCAAUACACAGUCUCCCACUACUGUCCUUGAUCGGACCUACCCUCGUUCUCAUCAUUUUCAUGUUAAAUAAGUCUAAUAUUUUAAAUGUGUGAGAUUUUCUUGAAAAAUAAACUGUUACUUAUAAU